GGACCGCUCGUGUAUGGAUAUGAAAGGGGAAAAUGCCGUUUCACACUUGUGUGAGUGACGGUUUAUGAGGAGAAGCAAGUUGUUCAGGGUCUCUUUGACUGAAGCGAUAAGGACCACAGCAUCAACUUUGCGUGUUAUGCGCUGCGUCUGCUCGCGACGCUUCGGGACUCGGAAUCUGUUGUGAGCGCUUCACAACCCCGCAACCAGGAACUUUCACACGGCAGUUAGACGCGGAUCAAAAUGUGGGCCAAUUUUUAGUCUUAUUGACCGGUGAUAAGAAAGAUCGAGACGUAUUUAAGUGGCUUCAGAGAGGCACGCGCGCAUAGUAUCCCGCACAUGUGUGGAGUACCAAACCAAACUACAGGAUUUUAGAGAAUGGACAUAUGGCUGAAUGGAUGACAACUUUUUGGCCAUUUGUUUUUUCUAAGUCUGAGAUAAGUUUUUGAAAGCAACUGGAAGGAAGAAUGGAUCUGAAAAACAAGCGGCAUUACGUUUGGCUCACAAAAAGUGACAUGCGGCGUGACUUUAAAUGCAUAUAAGGAAACCCUUCAGUUUAAAUGAUCAACAUGGAAACAUUGAGUUUCUAUGAUCUUCUUUCAUUCUCAAGAUAUGGAUGUCGAGAUGCUAGACGGAUCAGCACCUGAAAAGUUAAUUGAAUGAGCUUGACUUGAUUAAUUCUCUUUGCACAAUGAAUACGAUUCAACCACACAAGAUCAUCAAAUAGCUAAAGAACAGAUAUCUUACUCUCAAACAAAUCUGAAUAUUAACUGAACUUGUUUUCUCAUUGUUUACAUUGACAUUAUGGACAAGAACUGUAUUGCAUAUCAGAUGGAGUUGACUCUGCUGAUGGUCGUCCUCCUCUUUUGUGUCACCGUGUGUGCGGAUGACAGUAAGAUCAUUUCAGACCGGUAUGCUGUAUAUUGGAACAGCACGAAUUCCAGAUUCUUGCAUGGUGAAUACACCGUGGAGGUGGCCAUCAAUGACUACCUGGACAUCUACUGUCCUCACUAUGAGGACCUCCUUCCUCAGGAGCGCAUGGAACGCUACAUCCUUUACAUGGUCAACUAUGAUGGCUACACCACUUGCAACCACCACACAAGAGGCUUCAAGCGCUGGGAGUGCAAUCGCCCACUGAGUCCAAAUGGGCCUCUUAAGUUUUCAGAGAAGUUUCAGCUGUUCACACCCUUCUCCCUGGGCUUCGAGUUCCGACCUGGCCAUGAAUACUACUACAUCUCCUCACCACACCCCAAUCUUGCUGGGAAGCCGUGUUUAAAACUGAAGGUGUACGUCAAGCCUACAAAUGACUCUCUGUAUGAGUCUCCAGAGCCGUUCCUGACUGAUGACUCCAGUGGGGGUGGUUGUGCAUUAACACCCAGCCUGUGGCUCAUGCUUCCUUUGCUUCUGCUUUUGUGUCCUUCAUAGCAUUAUAAUUAACUGACCAUCCCACUGUCCAACCCAAACCAUCCUACAUCAUGCCCCGCCCCAUCAGUUCUGGAGUCCAGCCAAUGCUCUUUACCUGCUCAAUGCACUGCUGAUACGGAUUUGUCCUCACCCCAUCCAGCCCUCCAGGAUGUCCACUAACCAACCAAUAUUCCAAAUGACAACAUGCCCCGCAUAGCCCAGAUGUGGGCGUUCCUGCAUAGGCAUGCUUCCUUUACUGACAAAAGACAGAACAAAUGAAGUGGCCAGCAUAUGUGAGAUUGUUUUACCUUUCUGCAGACAUCCCACCUUCAGCCGUCUAUCAGGAGAUUCAAUCGACUGCCAUGUGAAUCCCACCAUUUCUCUGUGUUAACCACCUACCUUAGCCUUCUUUGACAUUUGAGCUCCGUUUUUCUUAUUGUUAGACUGCAAAAGAGAGUGUGAGUGUCUAUGCUUGUGUUCACAUGUGUCUGUGCGUGGGUGCGCAUAUAUGCUUAUAUUCGCAUAUAAACCGAUGUACAGAGCAGUUACAGUCCCUUACAAAAUUACUGAAAAAACUUGUUCCAUUACUCAUUGAGAGAAGGAGAACGUUAUAUCUGUGAAUCUGCCAAAGACACUACUUAAACUUUUUUUAAUAGGGGUAGUGGGGGGAAAACUGGCUUUGGUAAGAGAUCAUAUGUAAUCAUGGAACAUUACUGGAUUUUGGAAUCAAGGUUGGGAAGGUAAUGUGACAGACAACAGUGUAGAUUUUUCUAUAAUCUUUUUUGUCAUACAAAACAAGAAUGUUGAGUAGGUAGAAAAAAACAAUAGCUUAAAAUAGCCUUUUUUCACUGGUGCUCAAUCCUAAAUGAGUUUGUCUGUCUCAAAGUUACAGUGCCAAGUGGAAGAUGGAUGUCUGUGUCAAUCAAGUGUUUGUGGUUUUCAGGUCUGCUUUCUAACUUUUGUCCCAACCUGUCUCGGUCUCUUGUUCUCUUUGUAUCUGCCUCUCACUCUCUCUCUGUCAUUUCUGAAUGUGAUGUUUUCUAUGUGCUGCCCGUCAUACAUAGAUAUCCCACACUUGCACUUACUCCCUUUAUCUGUGCUGAGGAGGACCACCGAAAGAGAGGCACCAGGACCCUGAGUGCCUGGUCACUGUGACAUCACUGUGACAUCACGGGCAUCGGCGUAAAGACUGAUGGACUGAGGCCUUGCACUGCAAAUAGAAUGCUACAUAACAAUAAAACAAAAACCAAGACUCCAGUUGAGGGAUUAAAAUCCACAUAGCACUUCUGCUUUUGAGACAAUUUCAUGAAAAAAAUUAAAGAGAGGGGAAACUAAAAAGAUGUGGGAUUAUUUGUGCUUUGGAGUCAUUUUGUGACUGUGCAAAAUCAUAUGUCAUGGACAUUUCAAGACAAGCCGGUCUACAGGAACGGAAAAAAUAACGUUUUUUAAAAUGUUUGUUGGAACUUUUAUAUUUGAAUUAUUCCCGUGUUAUUUUUAACUUUACUUUUCAAAAGAGCUGCAGAAAUUAUUCAUAUGUGAUAUGAAAUUAUAUUGUAGACCCUUGAAAUAUUAGAGCAACGAUGGUACCAGUUCUGCUGUUAAACGAGACUAGACAAGUCAGAUGUUGCUGUUGUUGUUGUUGUUGUUGUUGUUUUCCUGCUUGUAUCAUGAUACAUUCUGGUACAUGUAGUUUUAUUUUACCCCCCCUCCCCCAAGUGUUACUAUGAGAUUCUUCUUAUUUCUUAAUCAUGUGGAUAAAACAUAUCUUGAGUUCCUUAAAAUGUUCAGAUGCUCUUGCAAAGGACAACUACGA